CACAAAGAGGCAAGUCCAUAAAAAUAGGUUACAAAAGCAAAGACGUGUCAUAGGGGCUUCAAAGAGGCGUUUAAAAAAAAAAGUCCCUCCUUGGAUUAAAAAGUGACGCGAUUUGAACCAACUUAAAUCGAGUCCUCCGAGGGCAGGCGGGAUGGCGGAUGACGGCGAGGAAGACCAGGAGGAGAACCGCAAGAGGCGGACGCACACCUUCCCUAUCGUCCGCCACACGGACAUGCCCAAGCCCAUGAAGACGGAGGCCAUCGCCUUCUGCAUGGCGGCCUUCGAAAAGUUCGCCAACAACAACGAGCACGCGGCCAAGAUGGUGAAAGAGGCCAUGGACAAGAAGUUCGGCGCCGCCUGGCACGUCGUCAUCGGCGAAAGCUUCGGAUUUGGUGUCACUCAUGAAACUAAGAAUCUCCUCUACAUGUUCUUUGGGGGGAACUUGGCGGUUUGCUUGUGGAAGUUCUGCUGACGUCAUCAUUUCAUCAAAUAAUCAUCUGAACACGGUUCGAAAUAAAACAUGACAACAAAUGACGUCACGUCCGUGUUUACAAUGACUUUCUUCUUCGCUGGCAGUAUCUGCGCACACUAGCGUGGUAAACCGGAAACGGCCGUAAAUACGCCACCUGUAUUUAUUUUAAUAUUAUCAGAUAUGUACACAAAAAUGGCACAAUAAUAAAACGCACAUCCUUGUACCCUACA